AUGGUCUUCGAGCGAGUAGACGUCACAGCAUUCUCUCCAGUGGACCGACGCAUUUUGGUGCCGGUGCCACCUCCGCCCGUCUUCCUGGCCUGCUUGGCUUCAGCGGCCUUUUUGAAGUUCACCCGGAGUCCUCUCACUUUGCUGCCGCGCUUGGUGCCUCCAAGCAUGCAGCUGGCACUCCGGGGCUCCGGUGCUUUGGGCGCCGCGCUGGGCGUUUGGUACUCCUAUAAGGCGAUGUACCACGUACUGGCACAGCAUUCUCCUGUGGCCCAUGGACACCAGGUUCAAACCUUGGUCGUCGAUGGUCCAUACGGACAAUGCAGGCAUCCCAUGUACGUGGGCAUGUUGGGCACCAUGAUGGGCUUGGGCAUCAUGCAGAACACCUGGUGGGUGGGCAUCAUGUCUGUCCCGUUCAUGGCAUACGUCGGCGGCUACAUUGUGCCCUUCGAAGAGAAGUACCUGGCCAAGGAAUUCCCCGAGGAGUGGCAAGACUACGCUGCCAAUGUGAAGCGCUAUGGCAUCCUGUAA